AUGGGUGUCGGAUUAGGAGAGGACGUGUGUGAGGCAAUAGAGGAUGGGCUAGGCGCACGAGUGAGGGGCGAGAGGGAUGUGGUGGUCCCGUGGGUGAGGGGGCUAACGUGUAGGGGUAUAGGUGAGAGGGAGAGAGCGAGUUGGUUGGUGGUCGGGGAUAGGGUGCGGCAUAGGAGCUUUUCUACGUUUUCUUUGUCCGGUGGUUGCCUCCUCCUUCUUGUGAGGAUGAAUAGUGUUAGUCUCAAUGCUUUAUGGUUGCGCCUUUAG